GCUGUCGCUCGUCGGUUACAGAAUCAGCCAAGAUGCCGACAAAAGUGUUGUUACCACAAAUGGUUGAUCUAGCCCUGGGUACACCAGAAAUAGGGGCUGUAAACUUCAACGUUCUUCAUUCAUUGCUUCAUGCGAUGUUGAAGAAACUGAAAAUAACUGAUUCAACUGCGGAAUUAAAUGAAUUAGAUUUAUUGUCACGACGUGAGAAGUCAAGUCUAAGUGACUUGGAUAGUGGUAUUUCCACAUAUUCUGAGGAUGGCACAAGUGAAAGCGGCAAAACAAGCGGUACUCCUUACCAUCAACUUGAGCUGAAAGUUGCAAAAUUGAGCAUGCAGAUGGAACAGUUGAAUUCAAUUCCGUCAAAUAGCGACCUGAUAGAUAGGUCUGACAGACCUAUCUCAGAAAUGUGGCAAUAUAUGCAGCUUAAAAAGAAAGUAGAUGCAAAUACAGAUGGUGUCGAUAAGUUGAUGUCUCUUUUUGAUGAUUUGAUGAAAAGAAUGGAUGAAUUAAAGAAGGCCAAUGAGGACAUGAAGAACCAGCUUGAUGGGCUGAAUCUGCAGGACAUCCUUUCACGACUGAAUGAUCUGGAAAAUAAUGUUAAAGACCUAAAUGAGAAGUUUGGCACACUUCCCACUACAGAAGAGCUCUCAUUGUUUGUCACAUGGCCUGGACUCGAGGAUGCUCUCAAUGGUGUGAAGCGUGACUGGGAAAGUCUUCAGCCUCAGGAACGUGUUGUCAUAGAGAUGUCUAGUCAGACAGAACCACGUCGUAAAAAGGUUUCCAGACCUACGUCCUCACGUCCCAGUACCCGUAUGAGUUCGUCAAGUGCCGGUCCAUCAGACCAGCUAUUGGAGGUUCUUGAAACUCUUGGAAAACUUAAUGAGUCCCACAAUUCCUUGGAGAAGAGAGUUGAGGUCCUUGAGGAGGAAAUUAAGAACAAGAUGGACAAGACAGAUCUUGACAAUCUCAAUCUGUCCUCAGACUUGCUGGAGCAACUUGCCAAGAUGAAGGCUGAUCUGGAAGCCUUACAACAGGCUAGAGAUAAGUAUGGUAGCACUACCUCUAAUAGUCUUGCUAUUCUUAAAGCCAAGAGCAAAUUAAAGAAAGGUAAACAAAGUAGUGACAAGGUUGGCCCAUUGUCGGAGUCAGAUGAGAGCGGAAGUGGAGAUGAGACAACAGAGACCGACAGUCAGGAGAUGCUCGAAGAACUGAACAAACAGGAACUCAUGGCUAUUGCCAUUGAUGCCCUGUCCAACAAGGUCACAGUGUUGGAGGAUCGCCUAAAGGUUUUUCAGGACAUGAUGAUGGACGAUAGUGCCUACCAGAGUGAUGUUUCUGAGCUGAGAUCAUGGUUGACAGGUAUGGAGAAUAGGCAAGACCCUUUCGCAGACCUAGAUGUCACUUCCAGUGAAAAUGAUAUCCCAACAAAACCACCAAGUCCUAAAGUAUCUUCCUCCUCAGAGAAACCUGAAGUCAAAACUGAGGCCGAUGAAACCAAAGAGAAAGAAAGUCCACAGACAAAGAAAAAGAAGGCAUCAAGUACAGAAAACGUGGUUAAUAUGAAAUUUGAACAAGAGAUCAUGGACAUCUUUACCAAGAGCUCAUCCGAUGUCGAAGGUCAGGUAGAUGAGGUGAAAAUGAUGGCAUCAGAAGAGUUGACAAAAGCAAACAACAAGAUCCAAACACUUGCAGUUGUACUGAAUGACCAACUUCAGGAUGUGCGUGAUAAAAUCUUCACACUGGAUCAUGACCUCAAGAGAAUGGCACGUGGCAUUGAGUUUGCACUGCUCAGGUCCAAGGUUGCAGGAACAAAUGAUUUGGAUAGUGAUGCUCUUAGUCGAGCCCAGGCAGCCAUUUUACAGCUGCAGGCUGACUUUGAGAAGUUGCACAAUACCACUCAGGACAUGAUGGAGGAAAACAACUCCCGUAACAAACAGAUUCAGGAUCUGCUGGCCUACUGUGACCGUCUGAAUGAGAUAAAGGCAGACAAGGAGUAUGUGCAGAUGGAGGUGGAUGUGAAAGCAGACAAGCGGUCCCUGGACAACAAAGUCAACCACAGCCUGUUUGAUUCUACAACCAAUGACAUCAAUAAGAUGAUCAAGGAAAUUCUGGAAAAGCUGUCUGGAUACGAAGACAACUUUAACACCACUUGUCAUAAACUUAAUGAGGACAUUGAUGGAAAGCUUGACCGCCUAGAACUUGACCCUCUAAAGGAAUGGCUGGAGAGUCGUCUCAAGGCACUCAAUGACAAGCUUAAACGCACACAGGUGUCCACUGAGUGGGGCGAAGAUGAUGCUGCUGGUAUCAGGAAGCAAUUGAUUCAAAAAUUCCACUGCAUAUCAUGUGACAGACCAGUGGAUCUCAUGCCAACAGGUCCUGUGCCCUCCUUACCUACACACAAUGGACUGGCACCCACUCGCUCCCCAAGACCCUACACAACAUUUGAACUUGACCAGAUCCGUCAGCAUGCCAAGAGUGGUCUCCUUGGAAAAAACAACAUCAACUUUGAAAGAGCUCUUGCUGAAAAGGAGUUAGUGAGAAUUCGUAAAUCAGACUUGAGAGCCUUUUUUGUUCAUUUUGGCCAUGACCUUGAUACUUUCAAGAAGCAGCGUGAGGCCUUCGCUAACCCUGAGAUAGCUGACUACUACGCCACUCAGAGGGCUUGUGGAGGGAACCACACCACAACCUUCCCACACAAACGCAUCACACGCCUCUCCCACCUCAGCCAUUUGUUCCGAGAAGAUGAGGAAGCUGUGUACCCUCUAUACAAGGAAGAGGUGAAUGUACAGGGAGCAGAUGGACACAUCUAUAAGGGACGCAUGGAGAAAAUAGAAGCAAAGUUUACACAGGCUCAGCAGCAGGGACGUCCGGAUCCAUACACACUACACCCCCAAAUGCAUCAGACUCCCCCACCCAUUAACCAGACUGGUGGACAGCGUGUCACACAACAGGCCCCUCCGGUCCGCGUGGCCCGUCCUACUUCUGCACGACCCCUGCAGUCCCCACGCCCCACAUCAGGAAGGGUGACAGCAAGGCCAGUGUCUGCUCGUGGAGGAACAUCCAAACAGAACUCUCCUGUACCAGAGUCGUCCAACACGACACCGGUCCCAGGGGAGUCCCCACGUCACCCUGACGGGGAACAACAUAUAGAGGUGCCCACCACUGGCAACAACUGAACACUAAUGCAAUAUCAAUCGUAACAUAUUAGUGUAUUAUUUACCUAGGUAGAUGUAAUUUUGCAACUAUUUAUUUUUCAGAUCAUUCUCUGAAUUGUGUGGUCUUGAACUUAUUGUCAUUUCAAACUAUUUCAUUAAAUACCUCAAGGACAUGUAAGUUCUAAUUAUGAAAUCUUAUCCACACCAUCGGAAAAAUCUAGCUUUUUACACCAGCAUUUCUUUAUAACAAAUCUGGUCUUUUCAUGUCUUGCCAGUGAGGAAAAAUCAUCAACGAAGAAUUCUUGUUAUGAAUUUUUUUUUUUUUUUUUUUGCUUUGUAUUUUGGAUACAAAAUUUUUCUGUUAUUAUUGGUAGUUAUCAAAAGUGAAGAAGGAACUUUCUAAUUUGAUGAAAUGUUUACCCUGAUUUGUUUUUAUUAAGGUGUAUUUUGUUUUAAUAACUUAUAUAUAAGUGUGAAUGCACCAAU